GGUUCAAUGAGUAUACUUCAGGGAAGUCCAACAAAGAGAGAGAGAGAGAGAGAGGUACUAAAUGGCUUCCAGAGCAAAGAGACAGAAUGGGGACCAGCGUACUCUCCCUGAGCUGAGAAUCAUCCUCCUGGGGAGGGAUUGGCUGGAGAAGAGUCAAACAGGAAACACCAUCCUGGACAGGAAGCUGUUUGACACCAGGAGGGACGUGGAGAUGUGUGUGAGGAGACAGAGUCUAGUGGAUGGCCGGCAGGUCACUGUGGUCAACACAUCAGACAGAUGUAUCCAGUACUCUGUGCAGGACCCUCUCCUUGUCCACCGUAACAUAGAAGACAGCAUAUCCAUGUGUCAACCAGGUCCCCAUGCCUUCCUCAUGGUCAUCCCUUUGAACUCACGCAAAGGCAGGGAAUGGACAGUAGAGGGCCCCCUCAACCUUCUCAACCACAUACAUUGGAGACACAUGAUGGUAGUGUUUACCCAAUGUGAGAAACUCAGGGGAAUGUCACUAGAGGAACACAUAGUGAGACAUGGGUUUCUCCAGGAGAUGGUGAAGAAGUGUGGGCAUAGGUAUCAUGCUUUAAACACUAGGGCCAACACAUGGGGCAGUGAUGUCACUCAGGUCCCAGAGCUGCUGUGGAAGAUAGAUGAAAUGGUGGCAGGUGGUCCUGCUUAUGUUGUCAUGAAUGAGAGGUUUUCAAUGGCAAUUGAAGUUAAGAGGAUGGCAGAGGAGAAGAGGGCGAGUUUGAGACGGAUGAAGGUUCAGAGACAGAGGGAAACACUCAGAUCUCUGCUCAGGGGUAAGUCCCACCAACUAUCUGAAGCUGAACAGAGAAUCAUGAUAGUGGGACCUCGAUUGGUUGGGAAGAGCUCAUCUGGAAAUAGCAUCCUGGGUAAGAAAACCUUUGAGGCUGGACACUCGACUUCACACAGUGUGAAAAGACAGGGUGACAUCACCGUAAGACAAGUCACAGUGGUGGACACACCCGGGUGGCAUGGGCGAUACUGCACUGAGGACACUCCUGAAGUAGUAAGAAUUGAGAUUACCCAAGGUGCAUCUCUUUGUUCUCCCGAGCCGCACGCUGUCCUCGUGGUCGUACGCUGUGACGAAACAUUCACAGGGACAGACAGGUCAAGAGCAGAAGAAAUACUGAAUCUGAUUGGUCGGUCAGUCUGGAGUCAAGCUAUAGUGUUGUUCACCUGGGGAGACAAGCUUGGCGACACAGCCAUCGAACUUCACAUCGAGAGAUGGCCUGCCCUUCAGUGGCUUGUCGAUAAAUGUAGCAACAGGUACCAUGUCUUUGAUAACACAAGCCCGGCUGGAGGCCCUCAGGUCACUGAACUUCUGGAGAAAAUUGAGGAGACAGUGAUGGGAAACGAUGGUGAACACUGGCUCAAAAUGUACUGGGAGCUCAGGGAGAGCAAAAAGAAGUUGACAAAAAGCUCUGAGGAGAUUGGGGGAAGACUAGAGGAGGAAGAGAGGGAGAAUGACAAGCUGAAAAGAAUGAUUGAAGAGGAAGAGAGGAAAGUAGAGGAAAUAGAUAAGCGAUAUGAGGAGAAAGAUGGAAUGUUGAAAGAGAUGGAGCAGAGAAACACAAUGAGAGAAAAGGAGAUAGAAGACAGACAUUUGGAGUACGAAAGAGAGAAGGAAUGCCUCAAACAAAUGUGUGUGGAGAAAGACAGAGCAUUGGGUCAGAUGGAGAGGAAGCAUGAAAGAGAAAGUAAAGAACUGAGAGACAAGAUCGAAAACCUGGAAAAGAGAAAGUCUGAAAGAGAAGAGGAGUUGAAUGCCAUGAUUGUUGAGAUACAGAAGGAGUUACAAGAGAAUAAACAAAGGUAUGAAAUGAAAGAGGUGGAGCUAUCAAUGCUAGAGAGAGAUGUAGCGGAGCUUAAGCAGCAGAAUAAAGUGAGAGAAGACAUGAUCAACCAUGUGAAGAUUAAGGAGGAUCGAAUACAACUACACAGAGUGGAAUCUACAGCACCCGCGGACAUGGUGGACAACUCUUAUCUAAAGACUCAACAUAGACAUUUGAGAAAGACACAGAUGUUGUCACAGAAGGAUGGUAAGAGGCAGAGGGACACAGCAGGACGAGAGCAGAGACCUGGAGAUGAACAGAGAGAAGCACCAUGGUUGAAGAUUGGGGCAGCAGUACUGGGGGCAGUGGUUGGGGCCAUGGCUGGCUCUGUGAGGGCACCACUAAGUGCAGCCACAGGGACUACUAUAGGGGCUGCAGCAGGGGUUCUGCUGGGGAGUUUACUGAUACAAGAGGAAGAGGCCAGAGAUAAGAAAGUGGGGUCUGAUUCCCCUGAAUGCCCCUAUUUAAUAAAAUAAUAAAAUCAGGAUUGGUGGGUCCCCAGCGAGACAUUUGAGCUAACGUAGGCUAAUGCAAUUAGUAUGAGGUUGUAAGUAACAAGAACAUUUCCCAGGACAUAGACAUAUCUGAUAUUGGCAAAAAGUGCACUGUCCAAUUUCCAGUAGCUAUUACAGUGAAAUAAUACCAUGCUAUUGUUUAAUGAGAGUGCACAGUUUUGAACAUGAAAAGUUAUUAAUAAGCAAAUAAGGCAUAUCUGAGCAGUCUUGAUACAACAUUUUG